CAGACGUGGCGCGGCGGCCGGGUGUUUUCACCUCUAGUUUGCGGAUUUUCUUCGUACUGGUUCUGAUGAGCCUCCUAUUGCCUCCGCCGCCCCUGCUGCUGCUACUCGCGGCACUCGCGGCCGCCGCCACCUUCCGGCCCGACUGGAACCGUCUGCACGGCCUGGCCCGAGCCCGGGUAGAGACCUGUGGGGGAUGACAGCUGAAUCGACUAAAGGAGGUGAAGGCCUUUGUCACCCAGGACAUCCCAUUCUACCACAACCUGGUAAUGAAACACCUCCCUGGAGCCGACCCAGAGCUCGUGCUGCUAGGCCACCGCUAUGAGGAGCUGGAGCGAAUCCCACUCAGUGAAAUGACCCGCGAGGAGAUCAACGCGCUGGUGCAGGAGCUCGGCUUCUAUCGCAAGGCUACACCAGACGAACCCGUCCCUCCGGAGUACCUGAAGGCACCUGCUAGGCCUGCCGAAAGCGCUCCUGACCACGCUGACCUGUAGGUCAGAGAGUGAUGCACCCCCCUGCCUGAGCCCUGGGGACAGAAUGAAGCGCUCAGUGUCCCGGGAGCAUCUCCCUCGCUGAGGGCCGAAGCCCAGACCCAGGGCCGGCAGGGAUGUAGUUGGGGGUUCUUUUCAAUUCCCUCUUAUUCCUUCCUGCUAAUCCCCCUUUAGCUCCACUAAAACCUCUUACGUCUUAAAAGAGACUGGACUCCUUCUUUGCUGCAGGGGGUGGGAUGGGGAAUAGGUGUCCCCCCUCCCCAAAUACCACUGAACCCUUA